UUAAAAUAAAAAAUUUUUUCGCUUUUUAGAAAUAGAUAACUUCUUUCUCUGUUUGUUUAACUAUAACUUUUUUUCGGUGAUUUUUUAUUGAUAGAAAGUGAACAUCAGUUAACAAGGAAAAUUAUGAAUAAAAAAGAACAACAACAUUUGGCAACCAAAAUACCAAAACAAUGUUUAAAUAAUGAUUGUAUGUUUUAUGCAUCCGAACAAUUUAAUGGAUUUUGUUCGACAUGUUGGAAUAAAGUUGAACAACAAAAACUGAAUCAACCAUCAUCAUUACAACUGCAAAAACAACAACGACAAAGACCAAAAUCCAAACAUGAACCAAAUAAUCAAUUACGUCCAUUUUAUUCGGAAAUAUUUCGACCAACAUCACGAACAACAACAUUUCGUUCAUCCAGUUAUGAACGAUCGAAAUUAUCAAUAGCACCGAAAAGAUCAAAUAUUAUAAUUAAAUCCAUACGUAUGGAAUUGGAUAUUGAACAGAAUAAGAUUGGUAAUUUAAAUUUAAAUUCAAAUUCAAAUGAUGAUGAAAUGAAAAACACUGAUGGCAGUAUCGGUAGUUGUAAUAAUGAUAAUUUACAAAAGAAAAUUAAACGUAAAAAAGAUGCUGAAAUCAAUAAUAACAGCAAUAAUAGUAAAAAUCGUUGCCAAAUCUGUACACGUAAUAUACAAAUUAUUGGUUUUGAUUGUAGAUGUGGUGGUCGGUUUUGUAUUGAACAUAGAUUAGCAAAAGAACAUUGCUGUCAAUUUGAUUAUCGUCAAUAUGGUAUUAAUGAAUUAACAAAAGCUAAUCCGAAAAUUAUUGGUGAUAAAAUUAGAAAAAUCUAAGAAAAAAAAAUCUAA